CAGUUAUACCUGUAAUUGGGAUUUUACAGCAUCAAGCUGAAACAUGAAUUGUCACCAGUGCUAAACUUACUAGCUGCACCAAUUCAGAGAAAUUUUCCAAUUUCACCCUCUAGUAAUGUAUAAUCUUUUUUAUUCAAAAUAUUUGCUAAAGAGAGAAUUGUUAGUAUAUGAUCUAUCGUAUGCUUUUUAAAUUAAAUAGAUAUAGCCUGUAAAAGAGGUACUCUGUAAGUAUGAAAACAGUUCCGCAAGUGUUCACGGUCCAACACUUGUGACAAAGUUGUCAAGCGGUGAAAUAUAUUCAACACAAAAAAGACACUUUUUAGUGCAAAAUUUAGGGCUUAUUUAAUCUUAUGGAGGUUGCAAAAGUGUAAGUAAAUUUGUAUCAGUAUUUUGUCUUUUUUGUAUUUAGUUGUAUGUUUAUUCUACUAGUUUUUCAAUCACAUUUUAUACAUAUUCAAUCUUACUUUAUUCAGACAGGAUAUGCCCUCAAAGAAGGAAAAAUUAGCUACGGCUAUUUCAAUAGUGACUGUUUUCCCUUGUCUAAAAUAUAAAUUUACGGAAUCUGAUCAUGAGCAUUUUUAUUGUGGAAAAUCUCAUACUGGCCACAUUGAGAUUUAUGUUAGACAACGAGGCUCAAGAUCUAAACAUAUAAUCACAAAAUGGAAUCAUAGGAAAGAAAUACCACAAUGUCGAGAACUUGUCGGUGAAGAAAAUUGUGAAGUUGAGCGUAUGCUACAAGAACGUCGCCCAACAGCUCUUAACAAAGAAGAGUUGCUGCACAUGAUGGCAGAGACACGAAUCUUUCAAGAGAUUGGAUUUUAAACACAAAACCAAAUGCUACUCUUAUCAUGAAAAGAUAUCCAAGGUUUUUGGAUAUAAAUGAAGCUAUAUGGCAAGAAUAUUCGUUUUUAGUCGGAGAGUUUAAAGAUAUUCGAAAUUAAUGGUCAUUAUGCAGAGAUGUAUUUUUUCAACUUGCAGUAACUGCUUCUGAAAAAGAUGAAGAUUUGAAAGAAGAGUUAUUUUGUAUUAGUGCUGUUGAAAAUGAAGUUGAUGAAG